AUGAGCAACAACGGUGUGCCAGUCAUGGACAAUGACGCAUCCAUGAAGGAGGAUUCACAGAAACCGACUCCGCGUGUUCGACUUAUCUUGGGUCCCAAUGCGGAUGUCUCUAGCAAAAGAAAAGCAGCCCCCACUCCUGAACAUCAUAAACUCGAUGAUGCUCGUUCAAGCGAGCAAUACCACAAGCAGGCUGCGACGGAAGCUAGACAGCAGCGUCGUGCUGCUAUUCAAGAGAACGACAAUCUUCGAGCUCAGCUCAGCGCAGCUCAGAAUGAUGUCCUUGCUCAUCAGGAUGAAGUGCGUCGUUUGCACAUUCUGAUCGAGGAAGGCCGCAGCAAGCUUGAGGAGAAGAGUCGCGACGAAGGCAACUUGCAUGCUCAGAUAAUGCACGACCAGGACAGAUUGGCAGAUCUGCUACAACGAGUUACAGCUGCUCAAAACCAAGCAGCUGAAGCAUCUACGCAAUCCUAUCGCGCCCAGGAAACACUUAACGUGCGCGACGAGGAAGUUGAUCGACUUCGUGCUGAAGUGUGCGCGCAAGAGGAUGAAGUCGAGCGCCUUCGACAACAGAUCAAAAUGGCAGCACGUACUAAAGCACAACCCUUGGCGGUAAAGCGCCGAGGACGAGUCAGCACCAAACUGUUCAACCCAGGGCGGCCAUCUGUGAUGGAACUCCCACUUGAUCCUGCACCUCUUCCAAACGAGCGCCCUACGUUGUCAGCUCCUACGUCCGAUUCGGGCCCCGAUUCGAGCCCCGAUAUGGAAAUCGAGGCAAUUGCAGCCAAAUUGGACAUGGACGUCGGAGAAUUGGCCAAAUUCUUGGCUGUGAUGAAGCUUGUAAACGGCAACAACGUAAAUGUUGCCAUAGGGCCGUCAGAAGCGACAGGACGCAAAGCAAAGCCCAAGGCUGAAGCAGACGCAAAAGCAGCCGUGGCGCCACAGGACAAGGAGCUAGUGAACGUGGCCCAUGCCAUGAUGCGCAACAUAACUUACCGCAAGUUCGGAUACAACCAAGCGUCGGAUUUCAUCUUUCACGUCUCCGCGACAGAGGAUGAGGUCAGUGCUUUCGCCGAGAACGAUGAAGCCACUGUCACCAAAUGGCAAUUUGAUUUCAAUGAUGACUACACGAAUUCAGCAUGGAACGCGGCUCAGAUGGAGAGACUGGUGGAUGAGGCCGUGAAGGAGGACUACGCUGGAAUGCGAUACCUUCAGAAAGGUCUCAUCAAGCGCGAGUAUCUUGAGCUUAUUGUGACCGAGCAGCUCGCGCGGUACUAUGCGGAGUGGAAGCAGUUCCGCCCCAGGUGGGACAUGGAGGAAGGUCGCAUGGAAACAAAAGCCGAAGCAAUUGCUCGCGGCAAAGUCGUAUUGUACCACCGGCGCACGUUGUCCAAGACCAUCAAUGGACAGCACAACAAAUACGACCAUCGUCGCACCACCGUGGAGGCGACAAUCGCAUUGAAGGAGGCAGACGGUGGGAACGAUCUAACAACCUGGAAGAGAAUGCUAGACCUGCUGGACCUGCUCGGCCCGAGCGGAAUGUCCGAGGAGGAAGAGACGCAUUCGAUCGAGAAGGGUGCAAAGAUCAAGGUUUACAAGAUCAAGUUGUGCGUUUGGCGCGAGCCCGCGAUUGUGGACUACAUGCGCAUGGUGGACGCGCAGACUAUGCGUUUUCAAGCCCUUCAUAACGGCACCAAGCCCGCUCCUUGUGUGCGCGCUCAGAUGCACGGCGACAGACCUCCGCCCAAGGGACUUCCAAAAUGCCUGUACAAUCCGGAGUGGCUGGAAUCCCUUUCUCCGAGAGAGGUUAGGGCUCUGAAGGUGUCGAAGAAUGCAUUUGCGCUAUUUGUAGCGGCAACUGAGCGGAUGGCAAAAUAG